UUAUUAGACGGCUGCACUGCUCUUACCUCACGGUGUUGAAGGCAUGUUAGACCGUGAAAUAUUACUGCUAACAUCAGCUGAAUCGGGUUUCUUUGUAGUUUUAAGUUUUGACGAGAUAGUUUAAUUUACACUUUUAUAUUACAUAAAGAGCUACGGUGCGGGAAAAGUGUGCUUUAAGUUGUUAGCUUGUUAGCAGAGUUUUGAGUUAACUUGCAAAUCAUACUGUAGCUUUUACUGAUUUGUUAAAGGAGCAGGGUGAAGAAAUGGAGGCAUCAGUGGAGGACACAACAGAGAGAGCAACAAAUGCUGCUGUAAAAGGCGAAGCUUCCAUCAAACAAGAAUUUAUCACCACCAAAGACAAAUUUCAUGGCUUUCUGGAUUCAGAAUGGCAGAACUCCAAAGGAGAGAAGGCCAGUGAAAACUGCACCCCUCUGGAGAGAAAAGAAGAUCCCUCUGUGGAAGAAGAACCUGAAUCUAAAAAACCCAAGCUGGACCCUGAAGAUGCAAAGAAAACAGAGAAAAUGGAUAAGAAAAAAUUUCGGGGACAGAACAAGUCAAGGCCGCACAAAAAGCCCACUAGUUAUGAAGAAAAGCGACUGUGUAUGUCAGUCAUUCAGAACCAAGCCGCGUGCAAGUUUGACGACAAGUGCAUUUUUUACCACGAUGUGGCAGAGUACAUGGCCUCUAAGCCCGCUGACAUCGGGGAGCGCUGUCACCUCUACGACACAUUUGGAAAAUGCGAAUACGGGCUCGCCUGUCGCUUCGCUAAGGCCCACACUACUGCUGACUUCAAAACCAUGGAGAAGGCAGACCUGGUUAAAGCUUACGAAGGCAGAACUAUGAUGAAGAACAGCUUGAGUAAAGACCUGCAGUAUCGCCUGAGGAAGCGCUCAGUCACUUUCGAAAAGUCAGAGGAGUACCUGAAAACGCUUUGUAACAACAGAGAUAAGAAGGAACAGCAAGGGAACGGUGAUCUUUGUACAGCUGAGGUAUCUACAAACCCAACAGAAGACAAGCAGGAUGUUUCUACUGAAGAACUGCUCCCCACCAGCCCAGACAGCCAGCCUCCAGUGAAAACUAUUGGCCCACUAACUGAUGCCGAUGUUAUCAAACUGCGAUCCUGUGAAAAGAAAAAGGUUGACUUCCGGGACAAGCUCUAUCUCGCUCCUCUAACAACAUGCGGGAACCUGCCUUUCCGUCGCGUUUGCAAACGCUUUGGAGCAGACAUCACCUGUGGGGAGAUGGCCAUGUGCACAAACCUGCUGCAGGGCCAUCAGUCAGAGUGGGCCCUCCUGAAGAGGCAUGAGAGUGAAGAUCUGUUUGGUGUUCAGGUCGAAGGCUGUUUUCCAGAUACCAUGACGAGGUGUGCUGAGCUCAUCAACACCUACACUGAUGUUGAUUUUGUGGAUAUCAACUCUGGAUGCCCCAUUGAUCUUGUUUAUAAGAAGGGUGGAGGAUGUGGCUUGAUGACCAGAACCAGAAAAUUUGAACAUAUCAUUAAGGGAAUGAAUUAUGUCCUUGAUGUCCCGCUAACAGUGAAGAUCCGCACUGGUGUGCAGGAGAAGUCCAACAUUGCGCACAAACUUAUAGGAGAGAUGAAGAAUUGGGGUGUCUCCAUGAUCACGCUGCAUGGCAGAUCCAGGGAACAGCGCUACACAAAGUUAGCUGACUGGGACUAUAUCAGCACAUGUGCUAAGGUGGCCAGUCCUGUUCCAUUAUUUGGUAAUGGAGACAUUCUGUCUUAUGAGGAUGCCAUGAAAGCACGAGAGACCGGUGUUUCUGGUAUCAUGAUUGCAAGGGGGGCCCUCAUCAAGCCUUGGAUUUUCACAGAGAUAAAGGAGAGCCGGCACUGGGACAUAUCAUCCAGUGAGCGACUUGAUAUCCUGAAGGAUUUCACCAACUUUGGCCUGGAGCACUGGGGUUCUGACACUCAGGGUGUGGAAAAGACCCGGAACUUCCUGCUGGAGUGGCUCUCCUUUAUGUGCAGAUAUAUUCCCGUGGGCCUGUUGGAGCGAGUGCCCCAGAAGAUCAAUGAGAGGCCUCCAUAUUACAUGGGCAGGAACUACUUGGAGUCCCUGAUGGCAAGUCAGCAUGCUGACGAUUGGAUAAAGAUCAGUGAAAUGCUGCUCGGACCAGUCCCAAAGAAUUUCAACUUUUUGCCAAAACACAAAGCAAAUUCCUACAAGUAAUUAUUCUUCAGGCUGCUGGAAACGUCUACAUUGAUCUUUUAUGUUUUUGUUUUUUUUGGUUAUAAAAAAACAAGAUCUAGGGAAAAACGGAUGUUUUACAAAUUAUAAAGACUACUAAGGAUUUGUUGACUUUGUUUUUGAGCAGAAUGAAAAAAAUAGUGAUGGAGGUAAAACUGUUUUAUUAAAUUUUUUUUUUCUGUUACACAUAAGGUGUCAUUUGUUGUAUGAUCAUAUUAGUGGGAAAAUAUUUAAUACAACAAAAGCUUUAUCAUCCAUGACAAAAUAUUAGAUUAGUUAAUUUCUUUAGUUGUAGUAUAUUUUAUACUACAUAUAUACAAAAUAUACAACAGGCAGGAAUGGGCAUCAUGAUGCAGAUUAAUAAUAAGAAUAAAAGUGUGAAUCAUGAACUUAGUCAUUUUGACUUUGUCACAAAUCUUUUAAAA